CUGUUUCAAAAACCUUUCGAUACCCACUUGCUUCGGUAAUUAGUUACACUAUGUCUUCAGAGUAGGAACGUAUUGUAAAAAAAUAUGAAUAUCGUAAAGUUGAAAUUGUAUUUUACGCUUCUUGCGUGUUCCUGGGCAAAUACGAAUUGUUCCGAAACCGAACUGAAAAAACUUCCCUGGGGCCAAUGUUUCGAAAAAGUACUGCAAGAUAAUAUAUAUGUUGAUAAGACCGGAAUUAUCUACGAAUUAAUAAAGGAUGGCGAGAAAUAUUACUUUUUUUCUCAUCCCCGAAGAUUCGGUAAAAGUUUACUAGUGAGUACACUAUUCAAAAUCUUCAGUGGCAAUAGCCAUUUGUUUGAAAACUUGGCAAUCGCCGACCCCACAUACGAUUACAAAUUUGAAAAACACGUCGUUUUACACUUUGAUUUUUCAUCAAUGGCGACCCAUAAAGAAGGAGCUCUUGAAACAAGCAUCGUAUUUGCUUUAUUACUAGAAGCCAAGCAUUUAAAUAUAACUCUUUUAAGUACAGAUACGAGUGAACGGAUGGCAGAUGUUAUGACUGAUCUCUUCGGAGAAAUAUCAAAACAGUAUGGUAAACGAAAAAUCGUAAUUUUAGUCGACGAAUACAACGAUGCCAUCACACAACACAUGUUUAAGAAGAAUUCAACCUUGGCUGAAAAAAAUCUAAAAACAAUGACGAAAUUUUUCACCGUGUUAAAAUCUCAAAACGAACAUAUUGCCUUUUGUUUUGUGACCGGGGUCGCAAAUUUCGCCAUAAAAUCGAUGUUCUCGGGACAAUUCACCGACAUUUCAUUACACCCGAAAUAUGCUACACUCGUUGGUUUUACCAAGCAAGAACUUGAGAACAACUUUAAGGACCAUAUCUCGCAUGUUGCCAACACGAAAAGCGCUAUUGAGGGAAAAACAUACAAUGCAACUGAUAUAUUGAAAAUAAUAGGCGUCAUGUAUGAUGGGUAUCACUUUUCUGAAGAUACAUCCGAGGAAAAGUCCGUUUUUAACCCGAUAUCAAUUGUGGGCUACCUUGAAGUAAUGAAGAGUCGACCAUUUUGGUGGGAAACCUCAACACAUUCUUCUGUAAUUAAUUUGCUCAAAGAAUACUCGGAAAAUGAACUUCUGGGUCUGUAUGUUUAUAACGAGACUAAAACUGUAACAAGAUCAGGGCUAAGUGGUAGCCACGAGUUGCAUUAUAAUAACCCCACAUACCUUUUGGUUCAAACGGGAUAUCUUACAAUACAGUCAUAUGACAAAAAGUUAUACGAAUACAAUCUCCGCUUUCCAAAUAAGGAAGUUGAAACAUGUUUCUUCAAACUUAUCAGUCAACUUUUGACAGGAAUAAUACGGGCGGAAGACAUGUGGAUAGAUCUAAUCGGAAUACACCGUAUGUUAAUCCAAAAGGAUGUAGAUGGAUUCUUUAAGAAAAUUGAAAUUGUGCUGCUUCAAACGAUAGGGAGUAAUGUGUAUCCUGAUACACAGACCAAUUUCUGUUAUUCGGUGAAAUGGUUCCAUGCGACUCUUUGUUCUAUUCUUAAAGGAAUGUACUCGUAUAUGAAUAUGUUGGAUCCUGAAAUGAAAGUAACGUGUGAAUACAACACAGCAGAAGGCACUGCCCACAUCAUUAUUGUACACAGCAACGUCGUAUACGUAUGGGAAUUAAAAGCGGGAGAGGUGAAUAAAAUAGCUGAUACAAGGGCAGCGAUGAAGCAAUUAUUAGAAAAAAAAUAUUACCAACAGUUUUGCACGGGGGAAAAAGACGUCGUUGCAGUUGGAAUCGUAUUUGACUCCGACUCGAGCAAUAAAACGCAAACCAUUGCUUGGGAAUCGCUUCUAUUGAAUGAAACAAAUAUUGCAGAGUGGAAAACAAAAAAUAACAUUAUUCCCCAAUGAUGAUUCGACGUCAAAAUACCUACUUUACCAAUUUUUUUUAUCUUGAUCUUCCUACCAUGAAAUAUCAAUAAGUGUGAUUUUAGCCGACGUCACGACAAGCAUAGGAUCUUUCACCGCUAUAAAAUGAAUUCCCGACAGUAAAAUGUUUCCCUGACAAAAAAAGUUUUCAAACGACUGGAAAAAUUAUUAAACCACCGAUUGAAAAAUUCACGACAUUUUAUUGUUUCAACUGCAACUUAAGGUAAUGAACGACAAUUUUGUUUAGUCAAAAAGUGAAAUUUCAGCGACAAAAUCGAAAUAAUAAAAAAAGAUUAAACACGAUCAAAAAAGAAUGAAACCUGAAGAUGCACUAGCCAAAAACAGUCAAUUUUAUUGAAAAUAGCGGAAAAAUAAACAAUUUUGUUGAAAAUUAUUCAGAAAUAGGUACCUCUAGUCAAUUUUUUCAAUAAUUCCCAAAACUAGUCAAUUUUUUCAAAAACUGCCACAAAUAGUUAAUUUUAUCAAAAAUUCCAAAAAUAGGUAGUAGGGGUAAUGGCCCAGUUUUUUUUACCCUCCAAUAAUUUUCUGAAAAAUAAGCCACGAAAGUCAUGAAUCGAUUUGAAAACCAUACAAACAUGUUUUAUGGUUUUUUUGGAACACAAUGCCCUUGAAAAACUGCAUUUUCCAUUCAAUCUUCAUGGUUCAGGGGACUUUGAAAAAUGUGAUGUGAAUUUCAGUCGAUUUUCUUAACAAAAUUUUAAAAAAGUGUGUUUUGAUAUUAAGUUUGUAUAUUGUUCUUUGCCGUUAAAUUUAAAACGAUCGUUCGUUU